GAGCUGCCUAACACCCGCCUACUCCGUGUGCCUCGGUGAAAAAAGCGCGCCCUCCCCAUUGUAGCUAGCCGCUAGCAUUAGCAGCUAGAACCGCCGGGAUGGAGAGCAGCGAGCGGAUGGAGGUGGACGGAUGGGACUCCAGUCUGGAGGAGGAACUGGGCGUCUCCCUGGAGGAGCUCAAGAAAUGGAUCGAGGACGCCGUGGAGAAGAGCGAGAUGGUCCAGAAGAAGAAGGCCCAGCUGGUGGAGCUGAAGGAAUGGGUGGAGCAGAAGGAGGAGGAGGAGGCCAGGACGGAGAAGCUGCUGAUGGACGCCAACCAGUCCAUCCAGGAGUGUGAGAAGCUGGUGAAGGCCACGUAUCGGAGGAACGGCCUGGUUUACCGAGAGAGCAGCUCAGAGGACGAGGGAGGAGGAGGAGGCGUCUUGUCGUCUGAGGUCAUCGAGAUAGACGACGACGACGACGAUGAUGUCAUCGCUGUGGGCUGCUUGGUUCCUCCAAAGAAACCAGCUGAAGAUCCAGUGCUGAAGGAAGCCUCGGCGGCGCUGCAGAAAAGCUCCCAGCAGGUGCACAAGUUGGUCCAGAUGGUCAGUAAACCUUCAGCAGGAGCUCCACUGGUCCGACCUGCAGGACCUCCUUCUGCUCCUACAGGGAUCCAGAACUCGGCCCCAGCAGUGUUCGUGUCCCAGAUCCAGUCUCAGGCCAUGACCCAACCCAACCCCAACGUGACCGAAGACGAGCUCAAAGUCGGGAUGAACAUCCUGGGAAAGAAACGAACCAAAACAUGGCACCGAGGAGCCCUGGUGGCCAUCAACCCCGUGGGAAACGGUGUCUGUAAGUACAAAGUGAAGUUCGAUAAAGGAAAGAGUCUGCUGUCUGGGAACCACGUGGCCUUCGACUAUAAUCCCACCCUGGAGAGUCUUUACGUCGGAGCUCGAGUGGUGGCCAGGUACAAGGAUGGAAACCUGGUGUGGCUCUACGCUGGAAUAGUGGCUGAGAUGCCCAACAACAAGAACCGCAUGAGGUUUCUGAUCUUCUUCGACGACGGCUACGCUUCGUACGUCACGCUGCCGGAGCUCUACCCCGUCUGCCGUCCACUGAAGCGGACCUGGGAGGACAUCGAGGACGCAUCGUGCAGAGACUUCAUCGAGGAGUACAUCACGGCGUAUCCCAGCCGGCCCAUGGUGCUGCUGAAGGUCGGACAGAUCAUCAAGACCGAGUGGGAGGGGACCUGGUGGAAGAGCAAAGUGGAGGAGGUGGACGGCAGCCUGGUCAAGAUCCUGUUCCUGGAUGAUAAGAGGAGCGAGUGGAUCUACAGAGGAUCCACCAGACUGGAGCCCAUGUUCAACCUGAAGAUGACCACAGCAAACGCUCAGGAGAAGAAGCUGGCAGGACAGCAGAGGACCCGGCCCCACAUGGGAGCUUUGAGGAGUAAAGGUCCGGUGGUCCAGUACACCAGCGACGGCCAUGUUGGAGCCUCACCUGUUAAAUCUCCUCAGGCUCCGCCCACCCAGCCGCCACCUUCACCUCAGCAUCAGCAGAGACCCCUGGCUCAGAUUCAGCAGCUCCAGCAGCAUCAGCAGCUCCAGCAGCUCCAGCACACACCUCCACCUGCUCAGCCUCCUCAGCCUCCACGACUAGAGAAUAAACAUCAGAUGGCGAAGAAGAGCACGUCUCCGUUUGUUCCAGGAGUCGGCGGCACUCACGCCUCUAAAGUCAUGCAGUCUUUGUCCUCCAGUCCCAGCAGCUUCUCCAGUGGGAGAAUCCUGAGCCCCCCGAACACGCCCACGUCUCCGUUCACCCAGCAGUUCCAGAGGCAGCUUCCCUCGCUGCCUCCCGGUCCUCCCGCCGUCUCCCACACCGUGGCCUCCAUCCCUCACCAGCCCUCCUACCGAGCCCCCACCGACCGCAUCUUCUACCUGGCUCACACCUGUCAGCCCGCCUGCCUGAACCGGGUCCGACCGGCCCUACCGGACGUGCACCGAGGAAAGAACCCGCUGCUCACCCCGCUGCUGUACGACUUCAGACGCAUGACGGGACGACGCAAAGUCAACCGCAAGAUGUCGUUCCACGUCAUCUACAAGGCCCCGUGUGGACUCUGUCUCCGGAACAUGGGGGAGAUCCAGCAGUACCUCUUUCAGACCCGCUGUGACUUCAUCUUCCUGGAGAUGUUCUGCCUGGACCCCUACGUUCUGGUGGACCGGCCCUUCCAGCCUCAGCGGCCCUUCUAUUACAUUCCAGACAUCACCAGCGGGAGGGAGGACAUCCCGCUGUCCUGUGUCAACGAGAUCGACACUACGGCGCCCCCUCAAGUCGCCUACAGCAAAGAACGAAUCCCUGAAGGCGGCGUGUCGAUCAACACCAGCGCAGACUUCUUGGUCGGCUGCGAUUGCACUGACGGCUGCCGAGACAAGUCCAAGUGUUCGUGCCACCAGCUGACCCUCCAGGCUACAGGCUGCACCCCUGGAGGACAGAUCAACUCCAAUGCCGGAUAUCUGCACAAGCGAUUAGAGGAGUGUUUGCCCACAGGGAUCUACGAGUGCAAUAAAAGGUGCAAGUGUUGCACUCAGAUGUGUACCAACCGGUUGGUGCAGCACGGCCUGCAGGUCCGACUGCAGCUCUUCAAGACCCAGAACAAAGGCUGGGGCAUCCGGUGUCUGGACGAUGUGGCCAAGGGCUCCUUCGUCUGCAUUUACGCUGGUAAAAUCCUAACAGACGACUUCGCCGACAAAGAAGGUCUGGAGAUGGGCGACGAGUAUUUCGCCAACCUGGACCACAUCGAGAGCGUGGAGAACUUCAAGGAGGGCUACGAAAGCGAGGCUCACUGUUCGGACAGCGAGGGAAGCGGCGUGGACGUUUCCAGGAUCAAAAUCCAGCCGUCUGCUUUGGUAUCGGCCAACCCGGUGGGGCGACCGUCAAAGAAAGCCCAGAGUCCGAGCUCGUCCGGCGACAGCAACGACGACGAGGACAAAGACUCGAAGAGCGAAGACGAGAGCGACAGUUCAGACGACACGUUUGUGAAGGAAAACUGCUACAGCUCCAGCUCGGUGUGGAGGAGUUACACCACUAGGGGGCAGCUCAAGGGCAACAAGGAAGGGAGUCAGGACAGUAAAGAUGGACUGAGCGCUUCAGUCAGAGGAGCUGAGGAGGAGAAACCGCCAUCGAUGCCAGAGGAGACGGGAAAAAGUAAAGUGGCUUCCUGGCUGACGAGCCAGGGGCUGAAGAAGGACGCUGGAGACACUAAAAGCCAAAUGAAGUCUGAGUCGGGGAAGAAGCAGGACGUGAUGACGCUCUCCGACAGCGAUGAUGUUCAGACCAUCAGCUCCGGAUCUGAUGACAACAAGGAGAGAGAGAAGGUUCCUCCAGGUGUCACUAAGAAGCAGGUGGCCGUUAAAUCCACCCGUGGAAUCGCCCUGAAGACCAGUCACGGCCUGAUGGUGAAGACCGGAGCUUCUGGAGGAGGAGGAGGUCCUGGAGGUCAGGGAGGGAAAGCUGGACAGCACAGCCAGACGGGAGGAGGAGACAACACUCCCAGCAAGAACACCCGGCUGUUCUUUGACGGGGAGGAGUCCUGCUACAUCAUCGACGCCAAGCUGGAGGGGAACCUGGGACGCUACCUCAACCACAGCUGCAGUCCCAACCUGUUCGUCCAGAACGUCUUCGUGGACACUCAUGAUCUACGCUUCCCCUGGGUGGCCUUCUUCGCCAGCAAGCGUAUCCGGGCAGGUACGGAGCUCACCUGGGACUAUAACUACGAGGUGGGCAGCGUGGAGGGGAAGGUGCUGCUGUGCUGCUGUGGAUCCACCGAGUGUCGAGGCCGGCUGCUCUGAUCUUUUAUUCACCUUUUAUUUGUUUUAUCCUCUACUUGUUUCUUUACGUCUCAAUAAAACUCGUUUCUCCAACCGAA